AUGAAAAAAUCAGCCUUAUCCGCCAUAACUAAGGCUGGUGGGAGUAAGUUACAUGUGUUAUGGGCUAAGAUUUACAUGGUUGGUCCUAAUCCUCCAAAGGAUUUCGCUCAAAAAUUUCCAACUUUAGAACCUCUCAAGAAUCUCAUUGAUUUUCCAGGAAUUGAUACGGCGGAUAUCAAAAAAGCAUGUAAACAAUCGAAUAGUCCAGCUGAACUUGAAACAAAACUUGUUCAAUUGUUUAAUUUAGAUUAUAAUCCAACGAUUGAAGUAGGAAUUAUCAAUAUAAUACACAAGAUUCAGUUUCCAAAAUACAGUGAGCAGGCAUUUACAUAUUUCUAUUUCUUCUGUUUAAGAAGAAUUAUUCGAAAUUUGUAUUUAUUUGACUCAUCAUAUGAGAAACUUGUAGAAAACGAUAGCCUAUUGGAACAUAUUGACGCUAUAUAUACUCUCUGCCCUCUAGUUGCAGUUCUUCUCCUAGGUCAAGAUAAAAAUUACGAUUUGUUUGAAGAAGUCGUUCCCUACUUACUAGAUAAGCUAGAUUCGAUAUGGAAACCUACAUUUUCCAAUCCAAAAAUGAAGAAAACUCAAGCUUGGCUUCUAGAAAUCUUAACAGACUUAACAAGGCUCCUUCAGAUGGAAAGAAUGAACGGAUACGAUUCUACAUACAAUUUCGUGUUCAACCACUUCUCUUCAGUUUUAACAGAUAUUCCUGAAGAUAAUUUUGAUGAAACCUUCGUUAUUCCUUUCAGAAAUGUUCUAGCCGGAUUAACUACAAUAUACAGAUUACUAUCGGACCAAAACAAAUUCGAAAUUUCAACAAUGGCAACAAAUAUUUUACAAAUUAUCGUCAAAUUCAAAAAUAUUCAAAAGAAAGACGUCGCAGCUAUAGGCAAACAAACACUAGGUUUAUACGCUGAAUGUUCUAAAGCAUUAUCUGCUGAUAUUUCGAUAAAUCAAUUUCAAGUCAUUAUUAACUUCGUUAUUUGGCUUAUUCAGUCAUCAUCCGAAAAUCACGCCCCUCAUAAAGUAGUUUUACCAUCAAAAUCCAAAACUCUUCAACCAAUUUCAACAAAUUAUUUCAAUUACGUACAAAUGAUACCGGAAAGGCAAUGUGCGUCACCAGCAUCAUUACAGAUUACAGCUAGUUGUCUCUCAGACAUCUGCCAAAGGUCACAACACGAAAAAGAUUUGAUGGCAAUUUUGGCUAAGUCGAUUUCGGAGAAUUUACAAGAUUUUACAUCAGAACAAAUGCAACAGUUUAUCGGGUUCGUGAUAGAUGUCAUCUACAAAGCGAAAGAUCAAAUGAUUUUCGAUGUUUUUCAUUCAAAUUGGGAAUAUCUAUUAAAUGAGCGGAUUUUCAGCUUGACAGGUGAUUCCGUUGUACAGAAUGCAAUCAGUCAUUUGAUUGUUAGGUUAUUUAAUUCAUCAGCUGAACUUAGAAGUUCGAUAUUAAAAGCUCUGUCGGUUUUUAUCUCAAAAGACCCUGAGAACCACAUAUUAUAUUUCAUGCCGAUGUUCGUAACCCUCUUUUCGAUGAAUGAUCAGAAUAAUUUCAUUGAAGAAUUUUCGACAUCGCCAAUCCUUGAGAUUUUCAUACAACAGGCACCGGAGAACUACGAUAUAUAUGAUUUCAUACGUAGGAUAUCCAUAAAAGAUCCGCAUUCUUGUUUUUCUGUCAACAAAUAUACGACAUUUAUUUUUUCAUCGAUUUCUGAAGAAGAUUUCAAAGAGAGUGCGAUAUAUUGUAUCAAGAUAGGCAUGCUAAGCGCAAAAUUAUCCAAUACAAAUGAAAAAACAUUAAUUUCUAUUUUUAUUUUCAUUAUUCAUACGCUAAACGCGUUCAGAAAGACCAACACCAAGCUUGGCAUCAUAUUUAUCAAGCUUUUACGCGAGAUUUACUCAGAAAUUCCCUUAAAUAUUUUCGAUGAUCUGUUUCAGCUUCAAAUUUUCGAAGUAAUCGCCGAGUAUUGUAUCUUCAUGAUGGAUGAAGAGAUGAUACACGAGAUGUUUAAGCUUUUCACUGAAGUUUCCAGAUUAUCAUUGAAAAUUUUGGCAAAAUUCACAAAUCAGAACUUCGCCAUCUACAAAAUAAUCGAAAAUGCCCUCAAAAACAUCACUUUUUCGAUUUCUGAUGAUUUAUACGAAUUUACAUGUGGAGGAACCCAAAAAGGGCAGCCAAUUGUGUUCAGAAAUCCACGCGCAUUGGAAUUAUUAUUACUUUGGUCUGUGAAUAAACCGGAUGAAAAGGAAAUUUUGUCGAAAUUAUUCCAACAAUGCGUUGUUUCCUUCACUUCUAUGGACAUUCUUACCAAAGUCAAUACGACAGCGCAUUUAAUAAAGAGAUUAGGUAACUUUAACCAGUCAAAUGACCUUUCUUUCGCAAUUUCUGAUAUUAUAUCUCAAUUAUUUAGAAACACUUUCACAAAUAGUGACCUUAAUGAAGUUAUAUCACUCAUAAAGGACCCAUCCUAUAAGAAUCCACACAUGUUCCUUGAAGUUUUUUAUGAUUUCUUAAAAUAUCCGCAAAUUCCUUUUCCAAAUGCCUAUUUCCACUUCAAUGGGCUCAAGUCUGGCAUCGAAAGUAUCGAUUUACCCCUUCCAGACACGUUUAAUGUCAAGUUUUCCGCAAGAUUUGAUUUAAAUAUCAUGAGAUCGACUCUUACAUUCUUAACUAUCAAGUUUAAGACAGAAACAAUCAAAAUAGAUAUCACUUCCACUCAGAAAAUCGUCAUAACUCGAAAAACUCAGUCAAAUAAUUUCCAAUUUGAGCCAAUUUUGACGUUAAACCAAGGAAUCUGGACAGAUUUCACAUUCGCUUUUGGUCAGAACCACAUGAGUAUCACUCAUUACAACAAAACCCAGACAUUUAACAUUCAUCCGAACCAAAUUCGAGGAUUAACUAACGCUACAAUCAAAAUCGGCGAUAUAAACAGUAGUUUCUCGCAACUAGGCCUUCCAUGCGAGGUUUCCGUAAUAAAAUUCUGUGAUUCCGAGAAGAUUUACGCCUCAUUUGAUCCUUUACACGUAUUUAGAGACAAAUUGGCCGAUGUUUAUCAAGGAGCGCCACCAAUAACGUUCUCAGGAGAGGUUUAUCCGUACGUAAUUGGUAUACAAACUGUUGUUCCGACGAUUUCUGCUUUGACUAAUUUCAUUCCAUUGUUAUCUCGACUGAAUGAUGAACGUAUUCCAUUCAAAGAAGGCUCCCUUUUGCUUAAGAAGUUCUUCAACAUACUGACUUGGUGCUUUACUAAGCGAGAACUGCUUCAAGAAGAGUUUGCAAAGGAAAAUUUGGUCCAAGUAUUGGCCGGAUACAUCAUGAACUUGGAUAAAUCGUAUUUGGGAUCUGAUACCAUCAAAUACCUCGCAGACAUCUUCAAUGUUAUCACUAAUUCUCAGAUGAUUAUUUCGUUCAUUCAAGACAUCCUAUUCAAUUUCGAACUUCUUAAGAAAUUUGAGAGCAUUAUCGUCCUUUACUUCUCAAAUUUAUUACCGAAAAUUUUUGUUGACAAUCAGCCGAAAUUCGAAUACUUCAAGGACUACGAAACACUAAUUGUUGGUUUCAUUGAGAAUGAUGAUAAAAAGAUUCGAGAUGUCAUAUGGAAAUUCAUUUUCAGUUUCUUCCAGUCGCUGAAACCGAAGAAUAUAACCAUGAAACUCAUUACUUUGGCGUCGUUACAAGUAGAUGACUUCAUAAAAGAGAAUUUACUCUCAUUAACAAAAUCUUUAGUGUAUUCCACCGACGAAUCCGAUCUAAAAGAGCUUGAAACUUAUGAUUACAUACUUCCUUUCCUAGAUACAAUCGAUUCGCGCUAUUCUAAGGAUUGUAUCAUCAGAUUGUCAAAAUUUUUAACGACAGAGCAACAAGAGAAGCUCGCUUUCAUCAUGAUAUACAAAUUAGAGGAUACAAACAUCAUUUCUUCCUGUUACGAGUUCAUUAGAAAAAUUAUUUUUGUUGAUGAACAUAAAACUAACUUUGCAAUGAUGCCAUUCAUCUCGAAAGCCAUGAAAUAUUGGUCAGAAUCAGAGAAAUCAUAUAUACAGAAUAAUUUUAUCUCAAUAAUUUCAAAUUCUCCUUCAAUUUUCCCUUCUUUCAUUGAAAAUCCACUUCCUUUGUACUGGUUAUCCAACAUUAUGCUCCAAUGCAUCAAUAUAGAGACAGAUACAAUCAAAUUUGUCGUUCCUUUCUCAUUAAUUUUGACAAACAUGAAAAAAGGUCAAUUUCCAAUAUCAAACUUCCUUUCUUUCUGCAUAACAAUGCAAAAGGAAACAGGAAGGAACUUCCUCUGCCUCUACAAACGAGUUAUUCGAGAUAUAAUUGUUAAAUUUUCUGCAAAAGAGGACAUUGUCCUUUCCAAAGAGGAUCUUCUAUGGUCAUUCUUCGUCGCCUGCUUCUACGACAUAACUUUUGUCCAAGACAAAACGAAAUCCGACGAAGAUUUAACGAAUGACUACGUACAGCUCCAUUUGAACAGCAAAAUCACAAAAGCCAAUGAUAUAAAGUCACUAGGAAACAUUAUCUCUGGUUUUGACUCUUCAAUUAUUGUAAAAUUCCGACCAACUAUAAAUCCAGACCAUUUAGACGUAAUGGAAAUGUUUCUGGCAUUGAUUGAUGAAUUUACUGACACAAAAAUUAGUUUUGACAGUAAAUUUAGGCUAUCGUCAUGUCACGUUUUCUCUUACAUUAUUGUCACUUUUCUAAGAUAUGGGAAAAUGUUUAAUUUUGAGAGUGAUGUUGAGAAACUUACCAAAAUCUUAGACAAAGAAGAUCAAAUUGUCAGUCAUUGUUGUAGUUCAAUUAUUAUCAAAGAAGCCAAGAGAAAUAAACUUGAUAUCUUUAAUUUGGAGAUUUAUCCAUUGGCUUUCAAUGAUCAUGAUGAUUCUCCUGAACUACAGAUGUUCCUUUUCGAAGACAAACUCUGCAGAAUCUGUUCUUCUUUGAGUAACCAAAUUUCCCUCAAAUCAACUGAAGUUUCUGUUGAUUUAAGACUAAAAAUCAUAGAAAGAAUCAAAGGAAAACAACAAGAAACAAAAAGAAAAGUUGUUAUAGAACAAAGUCCAACGAAAAGACAAAUAAGAACUCAAACAACUAAAAGAAAGACGUAUCAAAUUGAUGAAAAAGAUCUCCAAUUAUCAUUGAAUGAAUACUACCAGUCUAAAAAGAAAAAUACUUUCAUUGAACAUAAAUCUCCGAAAAGUGAAGUAAAAAGUGACAUAAAGGAAACAAAAAGUGACAUCAGAAAAUCAAAAUCAGAUAUAAAAUUCUCUCCAGAAGAUUUUAAUUCUAAUGAAAUUAAAUCUGACACGAGGAAAACAAAAAGUGACAAUAAUUUACCAAAAAGUGACAAUAAUUUACAAAAAAGUGACACCGGGGAAGUUCCCUCCGAUCAUGACUCUGAAAAUGAGUUUUCUGAGAUUGAUUCGUUGUUUGUAAAACUGAAAGAAUAUGGAGAAGAAACAGAACAAAAUGCUUUAAAUAAUUUGAGAAAAUUACGAGCGAACAGAGAAGAAACAAUGAGAAAUUACAAGAAGAUGAUAGAGAAAUCAGCAGGGCCAUGGUCGACAAACAAAGAUACAGAACAAAACCAACUGUAUUUGUUGAACAGAACAACAAAAGAUGGACAAAGAAAUUGUUUAGUUUAUAAGUCCAAAAACACGAAAAAGUUCGAUUUCGUGUUCGACAAAAACAACGUGACUUAUAAAUGCGAAGCAACAUUUGUUAGAGUCCUCGACAAAUUCGUUGGAAAUCUUUAUCUCUACGACCAACAAAAACUCAUUGUUUUCUACGGAAAUUGUGAAGAAACUGAAGAAUCAAAACUCCUGAAAAUUAAAUAUUCCGACAUUGAUUUCAUAUUCUACCAUGAUGGCGGAAUUGUCAUAAUUACGAGACAAGGAUCUCAUUAUCUUCUUAAGAUAUCUCCAUCAAUAAGAAAGGAAUUUCUCAGAAACAUCAAUUAUAAAUCUGAUGACAAAAAAUACGAGAAAUUCAACUUUUUCGCAAAAUGCAGAAAAAUUUGUUCAAAAAUUUAUCAGUCAAAAAGUGGUUCUGAAAUAUACAAUGAAAUGAAACUCCAAAAGAGAUGGAUGGAGAAAAGAAUCACUACAUUCGAAUACAUUAUUUACAUGAACUAUUUGAGUGGAAGAUCAUUCGCUGAUGUUGAAAAUUACCCUGUUUUUCCACAACCUCUCAAAUUCCAUGACAUAAGAGGUCAUUCAUACAACAGACAGCCUUCCCCUGCAAAAAUUGAUGCAAAGAAUGUGUUGAAUCAGCUGAGAAAUGUUGAACCGUACAGAGAGGCAUUUAAGAGGAUUCAGGAGGGAGAAUUAGUUGUUUGUUCCAAUGAUUCUUCUGAGGAAUUCUCCCCUGAAAACUUCGUAACAAUGAUUCCAUCUGAUAUAAUGAAUGAUGACGAUGACUCUUUCGACCAACUUAGAUCUAAUCCUUUCAACGACGACGAAAACUUCCAAAAUUCUAUCAAAAUGAUCACUUCACCUGACAAAUUCCUUGAAAACGAAAUUCCACAAACUAAUGAUUCUGGUCAAAAUAAUGAGAAAACUAAUGAUGUUUCUCAAAAUAAUGAGAAAACUAAUGAUGUUUCUCAAAAUAAUGAGAAAACUAAUGAUAUUUCUCAAAAUAAUGAGAAAACUAAUGAUGAUUCUCAAAAUAAUGGAAAUCAAAAUGUGAAAAUUAAUGUAAUUCCACAAAUCAAUGAGAAACAAAACGAAUCUGGAAAAGAUAAUGAGAAAUCUAAUGAAAGAAUUAAUGAAUCUGCACAAGAUAAUGAGAAACAAAAUGAAAUUGCUGAAAAUUCUAAUGAAAAUGAUGGAAGUCAAAAUGAGAAAUCAUCAAAUGAAAUUUCUAAAAAUGAAGAAAAAUCUAAGGAAAAUUGUCAAAAUGAAAUUUCUUCAAAUAAUGAAAAUUUCAAUGAAAAAGUGACAGAACUCACUAGUAAUGAUGAAAGUAAGGAGAUUUCGAAGGAACUUAUUCAAACUCUAGAUAAAUUUAAUGAGAAAUUAAAUCAAGUGUCAGAAAUUAAUGAAAAAGUAACAGAAUUUACAAAAACCGAUGAAAAGUUAAGUGAAAAUACACAAAUUAAUGAAAGAUUUUCCACUCCAUCUUCGUUAGAUAACUACAGUUCUCUUGAUAACCAAGAAAACAAAGUAAAUGAAAAUUCAGAAUUUUCGAAUUCAGAAAAAAUGUUUUCAAGUAACGAAACUGAUUUAUUUAAUUUAGAAAGUGAAAACUCAAUAACAAUCAGUUCCAAUUCAUCCUCCAAAUCUCCAGGAAUCUCUCCAUCGCGUACACAAGGCGAAGAAAUCGAAAUAACAAACUUCAGAGUCUUCCAAAGUCUUCCACGAACUGAUUUCUGCGAAAAAGAAAGUCCAACAAGAAGAUCAACUUUCAUUGGCUCGACAACUACUUCCAUCACUGAUUUCAGUGGAAUUCCUCAAUUCGACCAAGAAUCCGCUCUAGUUCCUGAAGUUUUCUGUGUUUCCACAUUAACAAACGGACUUGGAACGAACAUAAAAUGGGCAUGUGACGGCGAACAACUGAUGAUUUCGAUGAUGUCCGCUUUAGAAGCAUUCCAAUUCACCACACAAGCGCAUAAAUGGUUUUCCGCAGCCUUCCCAACAGUUCUUAAGCAAGAACAUCCACAAAGAGUUACGAAUCCUGAUAUAGAAACAGUAACUGUUCCUUCACAUCCUUUAGAUACGAAACCAUUCAAGAUAUUAAGAGGAUUUUGUUUUUGUGGACAUUUAAUCAAAGAUAUAAUGAACCACACGAGUCAGAUCGAUAUCAAACUUCCUCCUUCUUUUAAUAGAUACUCAUUAAUUGAUGGACAUCAUUCUACUUCUAAAGUUGUCAUUUCCAAUUUGUUCGGGAAACAGAUUGAUGUGUUUUCUCUUCGAAAAGAACCACAACAAUCAAUUAAUUUCGGACAAAUAACUGAUGGAGCUUUAGUUACUUGUUUAUCUGUUUGUGGAUCGAAUUAUUUAGUUGUUGGAUCAACGGAUUGUUCCAUUUACGUUUUCUCUUUGAAAACAACGGAAUUUCUUCAAAAAACGAGUUUCCACACACGACAAAUUGUUUGUCUUGCAUCGUGUUCUGCAUCUAAACUUGUUAUGAGUACUGAUAUCUGUGGAAAUUGUGUUGUAGAAAGUGUUGCAAAGAAAUCAUUUUUGUGUUCAUUUUCUUUGUCUUCUUUCAACACAUUUUCUAAGUUAUAUCUGUUUCCAAGUGGAUAUUUCGUUGUUGUUAGCGUUGACGAAGACCAGAAACAAGUUUGCAUCAGGUCAAGCACAAUUUUCAACGCAAAAACAUUCAGGAAAAAGUAUGCAGAAGGAAAUUUAACAUGCUGCAGAAAAGUUAAAGUUGAUGGAAUUGAUAAAAUUGUUAUAGGUUUUGAGAAUGGAGUGAUUAAGAGUUAUUUAGUUCAGAAUUUAACACUUAGUUUGACAUUGAACACUCAUAUCAACACACCAACAUUUUGCAGCGCUGGAAACACAGGAAAAAUAAUUUUGUGCGGUUCAAAUAAUACAUUAUACCUCCAAUCUGUUUAA